ACAGCGUUUGAAAGACUGUAGGUCCGACUCCAGAGAGAUAUGGCAGAAACUGUUCCAGCCCCGGCUGCUGCCGCCCCGGCCAAAGCGCCCAAGAAGAAGUCAGCUGCGAAAGCCAAGAAAGCAGGUCCAGGCGUCGGUGACCUCAUCGUCAAAGCUGUGUCCGCAUCCAAGGAGAGGAGCGGCGUGUCCCUCGCCGCCCUGAAGAAGGCUAUCGCCGCCAGCGGCUACGACGUGGAGAAGAACAACUCCCGCGUCAAGAUCGCCAUCAAGAACCUGGUGUCUAAAGGCACCUUGGUGCAGGUCAAAGGGACCGGCGCCUCGGGUUCGUUCAAGCUCAACAAGCAGCAAGCCGAGACCAAGAAGAAGCCGGCCAAGAAAGCGGCUCCUAAAGCGAAGAAACCCGCGGCCAAGAAACCCGCUGCUGCCAAGAAGCCCAAGACCGCAGCGGCAAAGAAGCCCGCCGCAAAGAAAUCGCCCAAGAAGACUAAGAAACCCACCGCCACAGCCACCAAGAAGGCGACGAAGAGCCCCAAGAAGGCAAAGAAGCCAGCAGCCGCUAAGAAAGCAGCCAAGAGUCCCAAAAAGGCCAAGACGGUUAAACCUAAGGCGGCGAAGCCUAAAGCCGCCAAGCCUAAAAAGGCAGCGCCCAAAAAGAAGUAAAACCUUUGCUGUUUUUCCUCAACGGCUCUUUUAAGAGCCACCCACUAACUCUGUCUAAAGAGCAAAACUCCGAUGUUACUGAUUUGACCUGUAAUUUUAAUCAUUUUGACUCUUGAUGUUUGUGAGUUUAAAAGAUGAAAACACUUUACAUAUAAUAAAAAAACUAAGAAUAUACAUAUAUAAUAUAUAUAUAUAUUUUUUUUAAAGUUUAUAUAUGUAUAUAUAUAUAAUGAUAAAUUCAUAUCACAAACCCCCUGUAAAGCUGCAAAACAGCUGAUAUACUCAGAGAUAAGACUCUGGAUGCAGGCCCACUACAUGAUAACUGAAUCAUCAAUAAGUUCAUAAGUAAAUCAACUUCACCUGACAAAUGUGCUUCAGAAACACAAAAGCCAGAGAAAAAAUGAUGCUGAAAAGUCAAGGAUCAAGAGCCCAACUAAAGCGAACACUUACCUCCAUAAUGAUGAUUUCAAGCUUUAUUAAUUUCAAUAAAACAUCAACAUCUAAACUUCAGUUAAUUCUUAAUAAGAUGUUUUGUAUGAAAGAAAUAAAGUCAGACUGGUUUGUAAUAAGUGAAGAUGCAGAGAUCUAGAGAGAUCUGUUAGUGUGGUUAUCAUUGUGCUGAAGAGUAGAGCCUGUGCUUCAGUCAAUGAUGAGCCAGAAACACUU